GUGAGUUUGAUGCGAUGAGGUCAUCAUGUCAAAUUCAGUAUAAAAAUCCCCAUGCUCGUCUGAUCAGCACACAACGGAUGGUGGAAACAAACACCAGCCUAAAGCAAGACUGAAGACUAUACCCACAUCUACUGCAGUCGAAGCUUCUCUGAGAGAGAUGAAGGUGAAGAUGUUGGCCGUGUUGGCUCUGGUUCUUCUGUCUCCAGUGCGAGUGAGGGACGGAUUCUCAGUAAAUGUGAGCUGAAGUCCCAACUCGAGGCGGCAUUUGGGGGAAAUCAGGGAGGAAAUGGACCUGCAACUGUCACUAAUGGGCCUGGAAACGUAACUGUGCCUGGAGACAUGCCUGGAAACGUAACUGUGCCUGGAGACAUGCCUGGAAACGUAACUGUGCCUGGAGACAUGCCUGGAAACGUAACUGUGCCUGGAGACAUGCCUGGAAAUGAAACGGUGCCUGGAGACAUGCCUGGAAACGUAACAGUGCCAGGAAAUACAACUGUAAAUCCACUCAUCGCCCAAAUUGUUUGUUCUGUGGAGCAUGUUUCGAAGUUCGACACCAGCCUGGUCACCACCAUCCAAGAAGACCCCAGACCUCCAGUGAGACCUCCAGUGAGACCCCCUGUCAGACCACAACAACAACCCAAUGAAAGACCAGGGGGAAAACCUGGACGUCCCGGCAGAAGGGGAAAGAGAUCUCAUGCUGGGGCACUCAGGAGGCCAGCUGGAUUUUCUCGUGACAAUUCCGAGAGUUCCGAGAGUUCCGAGAGUUCUGAGGAGAAUGUCGCCACAAGACUGUUUGGAAUCUUCCAGCUGAGCGACCGUGUGGCCUGCGAUUCCGGAUCCGGCCAGAGUCUGAACAUCUGCAACAUGAACUGCAGAGCUCUGACUGACGAUGACAUCAGGGAUGACAUCAGGUGCUUGAAGACCCUGCUGGACAGCGCAAGAAAUGCCACUGUUUCAGCCUUCGCUUCUCCACCCAAUAAAAUGCCACUUGUAAUUCUCUCUGUGAACGAGUGCCGCAACAUCAAUCCUGCGCAGUACUUUGCUGAGUGUCGCUGAAACAUUCAACGUUUCUACAGACAUGAAUAUUCUGUUAAAUUUCAUCCCAACGUAUUAUUGUAAUAAACCCUACAGGAACUACUGAUCACAUGAAUAAGUUCUCAGACCCUUGUAUUUUACUGUUGCAUUUUCUGCCAUAAUGUACCUGGAAAAUAUUCUCAAAACAGCCUCAGUUAGGCUUCCUCAGAAUGCAAAUAAACAAAUAUUUUAAAAAAAA